GAAAAUAGUGAAUUUGGUAAUUGGCUAAAAAUAUUUUUCGAACUCCCAUUUCUGCAUCAUUCAGAUGUAGAAGAUGGUUUUAUUCAACUAAUGGCGUUAUAUCCAAAUGAACUACAUGGCCAUAGAUUUGCCGAUUACAUUUUAAAAACAUAUGUCGAACCAAAUAGUUUAUUUCCUCCAGUUUUAUGGGCAAAAGAACCAUCUCGACAUCCUAGGACUACUAAUAGCACAGAAAGUUUCCAUCGCACUUUUAAUUGGCAAUUUUAUUCGACGCAUCCACCUGUAUACGCUGUGAUAAAAACGUUACUAGAAAUUCAGGAAGAAACAGCUUUAAAACUUAAUGACAUUCAACAGGGUACUAUUCAAAAACCAUCAAAAAUAGAACAAGAAAAAAUUUCAAAAACAAUAAUAUCAUGUAAUAAAUACUGCCAAAAUAAGUCUUCCGAAGAACUAAUAAAGAGCAAUGCCGGAAUAACUCUGACUUUUGCCCCAUUGACUGUGGACGGUCGAUCUAAUGUCGGAAUACUCCAAUUAUUAAAUCACUGGCCACGCACCACAACAGUCCAACGAGAUCUCAUCAAGGCUGGGGGAGUCCGUUUAUCUACAAAGCGUAAGUCUGUUUGA